UGUUGCUGGGUUUGAUGAGAUGGUUUCUGGGACCCAGCGAAAGUAUUACUUAUUGGGCGGGAAGGGAGGUGUUGGGAAAACAAGCUGUGCUGCAUCCCUUGCUGUAAAAUUUGCAAAUCAUGGUCACCCUACCAUUGUCGUUUCCACUGACCCUGCUCAUUCAUUAAGUGAUUCUUUUGAUCAGGAUUUGGCUGGAGGGACGCUUGUUCCAGUUCAAGGAUUGGAUUCUCCACUUUAUGCACUUGAGAUAAACCCUGACAAAGCUAGGGAAGAAUUCCGUACUGCUGGUCAAAAGCAUAGUGGCAGUGGAGUCAGAGAUCUGAUGGAUAGCAUGGGCCUUGGAAUGCUUGCUGAGCAGUUAGGAGAAUUGAAAUUGGACGAGCUGUUGGACACUCCUCCACCUGGUCUGGACGAAGCUAUUGCAAUUUCCAAGGUUAUGCAAUUUCUUGAAUCACAAGAAUAUAGUAUGUUCACUCGGAUUGUUUUGGAUACAGCACCAACGGGCCAUACACUUCGGCUUUUGUCCUUGCCAGACUUCAUGGAUGCAUCUAUAGGCAAGAUGAUGAAGCUAAAGAAGAAGAUAGCUUCAGCAACUUCAGCUAUUAAAUCGGUUUUCGGGAAACAGGAGACACAACUCGGACUGGAUGCUAGUGACAAACUAGAGCAACUAAGGGAGAGGAUGGCAAAAGUACGAGAACUUUUUCAUGACUCAGAGACCACAGAGUUUGUUAUAGUGACAAUCCCAACCGUUAUGGCAGUUAAAGAGUCUUCACGAUUGUGUGCAUCCUUGAAGAAGGAAAAUGUUCCAGUGCAAAGGCUUAUAGUUAAUCAAGUCCUACCCAAAUCUGCAUCAGACUGCAAUUUUUGUGCAAUGAAAAGAAAGGAUCAGAUGCGAGCACUUGAUAUGAUCCGGAAUGAUCCAGAACUUGCCAGUUUGACUUUAAUCCAGGCACCCCUAGUUGAUGUAGAGAUAAGGAGUGUUCCAGCUCUUAAAUUUAUGGGGGAUUUGGUUUGGAGAUGAAGCUUCUCUUUCUGGAUAUAUCAACAAGGUUAGAAAACCUACUUAUUCGCCAAAUUGCUAUUAAUAUUAAGCAUGACUCUGUUUCUAUUUCCUGCAAAAAAAUUAAAUACUACUUUUACAUCUCGAAAGGAUUGGAAUGAAAAUCAAAUAAACUCACCCUGGUUCUUCUUCGUUUUAAA